AUGCUUUCGCGCGAUCUCAAGUCUCAGAAACCCUGUAGUGUCUCUAAAGCUGUACCCAGUCUUGGAAGCAGCAGGAGAAGUGGCGGGAAAAUCGCAAGUGCGACUGCUUCCUCUGCAAAACGACCCGUGAGAGGGAUCCCGCAAUGCCGCGCACCCGCAGCUCAUGAGGAGGAGGCCGGUGUCCGUACACCCGAGCCCAUGGCUCCUCGUGUUGCAGGAAGAGGUGGAGCCUCUGCAGCAAGCGCAAAGACAGGAGGCGCUAAGUCUACUGCGGCUUUUGGUGUACCUUCGGAUCGUGAGGGGGGCCUUAUGUAUGACGCCGCUGCCGCAGCAGCCGCCUUAGCAGCAGGAGUCUCGUGUGGGGAAGCUAUCCAUUCAGGGGUUUUUCACACUGCAUGCAAACAGGAGGGCGCAGCGUCGUUCAGCAUGCGAGGUGUACCCGCUGCAGCACAUGCGGUACAAGUCUACAGGAGGGUGGCUUCCUUGUCGAUGGAAGGGGCGCCCCUCACCAUAGCAGCUGCUUUUGUUGUUGCUGCUGCUCCAAGGUGUGGCCUUCUCGGAUCCGAUGCUGCGGCUGCAGCAGCUGUUGGCUGUUUGAUGCCUGAUGAGGCUGAGUUAGAGUUAGCUUCUCAGCUAGCUGCUCACGAGAAGGCAGCACUGCAUCAGCUCUUCAAGGAGGUUGAUCUGGACGGAGACGGAAGAAUAAGCGCCAAGGAUAUCGCCAAGGCAAUGGCAGCGGAAGGGAUCUCGGUUCCGAUUAAAGAGCUGCAACAAUGUGUCUGGGAGGCUGAUACGGACGGAGAUGGGUAUCUAGAUCUUUUGGAUUUGUUUUGCCUGUACUCUCGAGGGAAGACUUUAGGUGUGCUUCGGGAGGCGCAGUUGGUGCAACAUUUUGUGCUGUAUCUGCUGAUGAAAUCUCGCGAGACUCCUAAGGGAGUGGUCCGCUUCGAAGACGCCCUAAUGUACCUCUGCCAAGUUAUGCAUACGGACGCCGCACUCAAAAACCUCGAAAAAAUUUUUGGAUCCAGAGCGACCCCUUCACUGAAUGCCAAUGCUUGGCUGAGUGUUUUGGGUUCGGCGUUGUGGGCCGAGGCAUCCCCCGUUGUGGACAAGGAUCAGCAGAAUAGAGAGCGAUACAAGUGCAUACAAAGGCCCUUCCAACCAAACUAUCGCCCCAAGUCUCAAGUCGAUACAGUACUCGAUUUGCAGAAACUGGUCAGUUUGUGGAGCAUGAUGGGUGCUUACUUUGCUGUGGAGCCUGCCCCAAGGGCGGGUUUCUUCAGCCACCAAAAAACACCAGGUCAAGCACCGUAA